CCGAUCACAGCAACAGUGACCUUUCGCGUUGUUUCAUAUGACUGCGUGUUACUCAUUGCAUUUAAUAAGAAUUUCUGGUUUGUUUUAUGUGAUUGUGUUUCACAACUCGAUUCUCUACACUCUUAAGUCUGUUUUGAAUUGUCGUGCUUCAGGCAUUACUACGCUACUGUGUAAGUCUUCAGUUAUUGAGUUUCAUUCAUUAACUCUCUGUUCCGUCAGGGGGCUUUGUUGAAUCAGCGUGCUUAUCCAUACCCUGUUCUCCGAGGUAUGUUUUAAAUGCUCGUGUUUCACCUAUUUCACUCACUACAGUCACUUACCCUUCCAGUAACAAGCCACCAUGAUUGCUGCAUUUAUUGUUGCUGCGCUGUGUCUCGCCGGUUCCGGGCUUGCAGACAAUUCCGAGUUUUGCCAACAAGAGUGGUGCACCAUGGACUACGCGCCUCACUGCAUGACAGACGGCACCAUCGUCUACGGAUGCGUGGGCCUCAAGACCGCAGUCUGCGACGACAUGAAGACUGAACAGACAGACUGGUCACCUUCACAAGCCUGCCGCCCGUCCGACUACUGCGAGAACUUGGCUUGCACCUUCGACUUGCUGCCCCACUGUCUCAGUGACGGCUCCAUCGUCCUCGGCUGCAACGCCCUCAAACACGCUGUCUGCUCGAGGAACCUGACGGAACAGAUGGCCUGGACCCCUCGAACAUCAUGUCUUCCCGACGGGUACUGUGAGAGUGACGUGUGCACGGCCGACCUCAUCCCCCACUGCAUGAACAACGGCGUCGUGAUGCACGGCUGCAGCGACCUCAAACAAGCUGUCUGCCAGGACGGUAUGGUGGAGAACAGACUAUGGCAGGAUGGCCAGAGAUGCCUGCCGCUGUUCUAUUGCGAGUCCAACAUGUGCACGAAAGACAUGAUAGAACACUGCAUGACUGACGGCACCAUAGUGACGGGCUGCGACGCCCUCAAGCACGCCAUCUGCAAGGACAACAAGUCGGAGAACGAAGCCUGGGAGUCCGGCACCCCGUGUGAAGCUCAGGAACACGAAUAGAAAGGAAUUGUUGAAGUGGUCACUGCAAUUUCAAGACGAUCUGCAAUAAUUACGCGAAUAAAA